GGGGACUACGCCGGGCGGUAGCUGGCGCCGAGCGCGGUGGGAGAGGAGAGGGUACCCGCCUGGCUUGGCUGGUGGCCUCUACCCGCAUCUCGGCGCUGCAGCCCUGCGCCUCUCCUGCCCUUGUCUCCAGGUCCACGGCCUCGGGCACAGAGGAGGCGGCGGAGCUCUGGGCCACUGUAUCUGGAUUAGAGCAGAAAACUUAUUAUGCCUGUUCUCCCUUGGGACUCUUUGGAAAUUUUGCAGUGACAUCUUCUGGGAUUUUGUCUGGAGUGUGCAGACUGGUGCUUAAAAUGGAAGUAGAUAUAAAUGGAGAGUCUAGAAGUGCCCUGACCACCCUGCCCUUGCCUGUGGCUGAGGGGAGCUCCCCAGGAAAAACAGAGGCAGAGAAGCCCCGCUGCUCUAGCACACCCUGCUCACCCAUGCGUCGGACUGUGUCAGGCUAUCAGAUCCUCCACAUGGAUUCUAACUAUUUGGUGGGCUUUACAACGGGUGAGGAACUCCUGAAGUUAGCCCAGAAGUGCACCAGUGGAGAAGAGAGCAAGAACGAAGUCAUGCCUCCUUUGCGCUCCAAACAACUGGAUGCAGGACUUGCGCGCUCCUCUCGUUUGUGUAAGACCAGAAGCAGGUACUAUCAGCCAUAUGAGAUCCCAGCUGUCAAUGGCAGGAGGCGAAGGCGGAUGCCCAGCUCAGGAGACAAGUGCACCAAAUCCUUACCUUAUGAACCGUAUAAGGCCCUCCAUGGGCCCCUGCCUCUUUGUCUUCUUAAAGGUAAGAGGGCUCACUCCAAAUCUCUGGACUACCUCAAUCUAGACAAAAUGAACAUCAAGGAGCCAGCUGACACAGAAGUGCUACAGUACCAACUUCAACACCUAACACUCCGAGGGGACCGAGUGUUCGCUAGGAAUAACACAUGAAUGACUUGCACAGAAUUUGAGCCACUUUAGGUCAGCCUGUUCCUGGCUAGAGAAAAUCUGCUGUGCUCUGUACAUGACUCUUCACAUUAUAGAUGGUUACAUCAGCUAAGUGUUCCUGGAACAUAAAAAUUGUUUGGAUCAAAUUUUGAAAACAGGAAUGAAAUCACAGGUACUUAGGGUGGGGGCGGGGGGAAUAUCAUUCUAGAGCACGCAUCUGCAAAGAAAACAGAAGGUUUGUAUAGCUUUUUAGCUAGGAGGAAGGAUUUGGUACAGUAAUUUCAUCUCUAUGAUUCUAACAUUCACGUGGGGAAUGUUAUCUGCUUGGUUGUUGCUGACUUGGUAUGAUUCAUUGGAAAUUUAAAAAUUAAGUACUCAAGUACUUCUUGAAUCUCUGUAUUUUACUAUAAAAUGUAUGUAAUGAUUUGUUUUAUGAGAUUUAGAACUUGAAAAUUGCUGAAUUGGACCACUUUUUAUUUUUAAAUAUUGAGUUUAAAUAUUUUAUAACUGGUUUUGCACUGAAAAAAAUUAACACUUCAGAUUAAGAGAAUAAUCUUUCUUCACUUGCCUCAAUAAUGUUAUUGAGCAAUGAAUUUUUUUAUUUCCGCAUGGAAAGUUAUUGAUCUCUAUGGCUGUAAAAUAUUUCUUUAUAGCAUUAUUAAAGUGUGUCUUAAUAAAUUUGGGAUACAAAGUAUUUAUUUUACAAUGGGGGGUGGGGAUGCUUUUCCAGAAAGUUUCCAAUAUGAAGUUUUCAUAAGUUGAAAAGUUUCCUUAGUGCUUAUUUUCUAAUUUAAAAUUCAUCUGGAACUUUAAAAUGGAGAGGAAUCUUUUAAUUGUGAGUUAUAGGCAUAAUACUGUUUGCAUCUGAAUUUUAUGUAAAUGAGUGGAACUUAAAUAGAGGAUCUCAUGAUUUCUACUAUUGAAUGCUUAAACUAAGUAUGAAGUAAUACCAUUCAGCAUGGCAUUGGGUCAUUCCAGUUUCAGUUCUGUGCAGCACAGGACUCAUUGAAAUUGUAGUUUCUAGGAUUAGUGUAAGAGACUAAAGUGCUUCUACAGUUUUAAUGGGUUAAUCCUGGAUUACUUAACAAUUUAUGUCAAUUGCACUGGUUUAAUUUGUUGCUAAAGAAAUAAUGCCCUGGUUUAGUAACAGUUACAGCUCAGCUAUUCUGGAAUGUAUUUUGGAAGAAAAUGUAUGUAACUUACCUUUGUAAACAUUUCUAUUUCUUUUCUCCUUUUUCUUAAUCUUGAAGGUGCAAUUUAUUACUGAUUUGGCAUUUCUGGCAACAUACACUGCGUAAUUUAUUUUUUCUUUUGGGGGCUGUGAGUUUCUUAGGGUUAGCAAUCUUGCUUAUAAAAUAAGAACACCUUUUAUUUUAAUUAAUGAGUCGGUCAUUCCUGGUAUAAUUGUGAUUUUUUUCCUUUAGCCAGAGUGAAUGGCAAAUUAUUUAGAGCAGAAUAAAUAUUAGAAAAUCCUAGGAACUCUAAAUCAAUGUUUAUUAUACUUUCACAAAGGCAAAUCAUGUGAAAGAGCCUUGGGAGGUUGUCCAGUGUCUUACUGAGUUGAGCAGAUUUCUUGGUGGGCUGGAAAUUUUCAGCAAUUGUAUAUUUUAAAGUAAAUUGCACCUUUGUAAUAUAUUGUAUUGAUGAAUGAUCACUAAGAUUAACUAUAUCUAUACAGUCAUUAGUUUGACAAGAAAUAGAAUCCUGUCAGAUGCCAAAGAGUUGGGAUUUUUACGUUUAAUGAUUAAACACCGCUAUUUAUUGAUGAUUUACCCUGUGGAACUGUAUUAUUUCUAAUUAUGAAAUAAAAGGGUGAUGUAAACACACAUUGUUAUGUGGUGCUUUAAAUUAGAUUCACCGUCAAUGGGCUAGCUACUGGGUAAGAGUUCCAUCCAAGAACUUAUUCUGAGACCCUGUUUUUAUAAUACAAAUGUGUACUUUUGAUGCUUAUUUGGUGUUUCAAGGAAAGGAAUGAUAGGUGUUUGGUCUAUUAGGAAGCACAACUAUUAAUCUGAAAGAUCUGGUGCCUAAAUUUCUUGAGCUAAAUAAAAAUAUGUAGCUUUU